AUGGCGACACUCGACGAGCGGACCUACAGCUCGACCUUCAGUGGCCUGAAGUCGACAGCUAUCACGUCGGGCGCCGUGAUCGCUGGAAGCCUCCUCAUUAAGGAGAUCCUGCAGCGACUGCGACGGUAUCCAGACGAGGAUGCUCGCCGGAAGCAGGGGCAGCCCGUUCCCGACCGCGGCGUCGAAGCGUGGGCGAUGGGCUACCUGUACAGGGCGAGGACGUACGUCGCGGGCCUAAAGACUCCCAACUAUUCACGUUGGCCGCUCGCCUGGGUUAUCGAGGCGUACAAACGCGACGAGCAUUUCUACGAAUCGCACGCCGGCCUCGACGCAGCGACCUACAUCCGCUUCCUCCGCGGCACCCUCUUCUUCACGACCUUCCUCCUCCUCACCGCCUUCCCGGUCUUGAUGGGCAUCAACUUUGUCUACGCCGCCUCUCGCUUCGACACCGACUCGAUCGACCGAGCAUCCAUUACCGCGCUCGUCGACAAUCAGCAAGGCCUCUUCCUCCUGCCAGUCCACACGACCUUUGUCUGGCUCACAACGCUCGCCUGGUUCGCCACGCUCGUGUGGUUUGGGCGAGGCCUCCUCCGCAUGCGUCGCCGCGAGUUGCGUAAACUCCUCGCCGAUAGUGCCGAGCGUCGUCAACGCCUAAGUGAGACGGGCGCUGUGCAGCAGCCACUCGAUGUCGCCUUCUCGCCCGAACUCGACCCUUCGAUAGCCGAUGGCGAGCUCGGUUGGCGCUACCGGACCGUCCUCGUGCGCAACAUCCCUCCGCGACUGCGGUCCGAGGAAGCAAUCCGCUCGUACUUCGAGCAUCACCUCCGCGAGAGCUCGCCGUCCAGCUCGACCGACCAGUACCCGCCCGCUUCUCGAGACGACAAGAAGUUCUCUCAGCAAAACGACACGCCACUCAUCUCGGAGAUCGUCCUUCUUCGACGCCAGACGGAGUUGAACGAGCUCUACUUCACGAAAUACCAAGAAGUUCUCCAUCAACUCGAGACGGCGCACGUCGAGCUGGCGCGGAAUGUGAUGGGUUGGGUGCGGGAGGAAGUGCGGCAGCAGGAACGCACGAAGCAAGGUUUGGCGCCGCCCAUGACUCCGUGGCGGUGGAUCAAGGGGCAUAUUGGCAGACGAAGGGCCGAGGGCGACGUCGAACGAGACGCUCGAGCGGGCGACGCGGAACUCCUUGCAGCUUUGCGGCCGUUCCUCGAUUCAGCGGCCGAUCUACAGAGCAGAACGCUCUGGGACGCGCUCGCCACCCUCCGGUCCGACCACCCCUCCAUCCUCGACCGCUUUCAGCCCCUAAUCCGCCUGCGCCGCUUCCGCUCUGCGUCGGUUCCGACCGUAGACUACUUUCUCGCCAAGCACAACCUUUUUUACUCGCUCAUCGAGGAUCAGCGGUCGCAGAAGGAGACUGUUGAAGCGGCGUCCACCGCAUUCGUGACGUUCGCGCGGGCCGACGACGCUCGUCGUGCUCGCAAGGAGCUGCGGUACCGCCCCGUUGGCAAGAUCUACGGUCGGAUGACGCUCGAGUGGAAGCCUGUCUUCCGACCUCCUCCGCAACUCGCUGCUAAAUGCCCUCGUUUGGGCCGUCACGAUCAUCUGGGUCCUGCCAAUCUCGGUCCUCAUCGGUCUCCUCUCGCUCGAGUCGCUAGUCUCGUCCCGUCGCUUCUCCCGACCGCUUUGAUCUCGCUGCUCAACAUGUACACGCCUACGGUCAUUGGCAUUCUUCAACGACAGGGCAAGACCCUCAUUACCGAGUCGAAGUGGUCAUUGGUUACGCAGGCGGCGUACUGGAAGUUCCUCGUCGUCAACCUUCUCAUCAUCUUCGUCAUCGGCAUCACGGCGUUCUCCGCCUUCCUCAACGCCUUCCGCCAACCUGUCUCCGUCCUGACCGUUCUGGCCGGCGCGUUCCCGAAGGCCUCCACGUUCUACACCUCGUACAUCCUCCUUCAGACCGGCGUCCACACCGGAAUCGAGCUCUCUCUCCUCGGCAUAUCCUGGAUCAAUCACGCCUCGAUCCGCAAAUACGUCGCCCCGCGCAAACGGACGACGGAAGGCGUGCCUCGCUUCUUCGGCCAGCAGUCGUGGCUGGCAAACCACCUCUUCGUCACAUCGCUCACGCUCGUCUUCGCCGUCCUCAACCCGCUCAUCGUCCCCUUCUCGUUCAUCUACUUUUCCUUCGCCGUCCUCACGAUGAAGCAGCAAUUCGCGCACGUCUACUACCGCCGCAACUUCGAGUUGGGCGGGCGCAUGAUCUUCCGCCGCGUCUUCCGGUACAGCCUCGACAUCGCCGUCCUGUCCCAGCUCGUUGCUGUGGCGUUCUUCUGGGUCUUGAAGCGCUUUGCGUAUGGCGGCGCGUGCAUUCCUCUGAUCCCGAUCACUAUCGCCUUCAAAAUUCUCGGCACUCGGUAUUUCGACCAUCUCCUCGACGAGCUCGACGAAGCCAAGAUCGACAUCAUCUGCGGUAACGGCGAGGACCCUCAAGCUCAGCUAAGCGCGCCACUUCCGACCGAGGAGGAAGAGCGCCGCGCAUCUUCCGUCGGCGGAACGCUCCGUUCGCUCGCUUUCUUGGCGACUGUCACCAUCCCGAGCCUCGCUCUGCACCCCAGCGCGAAGCUGUCGAGUCAGAAGGCGGUCCAGUUCGAUCGGCGCCAUUGCAAGUGGCAGUCGGAGCGGGCAGCGCCGAGCGACCAGCCGGAGAAGUCUCACACGCGGGCGAAUACGGCGCCGGACGACUGGCGGCGACCUAUGCUCGAACCGGUCGCAUCGAGCGACGAAGACUCCGAGGUGUCGCACACGCAGGCCGCCCAAGUACAGGCCGACAAGACGGACGCUGGUGCUCUCCCUCACUCCGCCGCUCUCCCCGAAUCCUCUGCGACGGUUCAGACCGGUGCAACCCCGCCUGCCAAGCCCGACGCAUCGAGCGUUGUUACGGCGCAUCCGCCAAUCAUCCGCGACGAUCGCCCAGUCUCGCACCUUCGCUACCGGAAUCCAGCUGAGGUCGUUCCGCUUUCGCGCUCUCUCUGGCUGCCUCGCGACCCGCUCAAGCCUGUUGAUCUCGGCGACACGGUCGACUACCGCGGCCGCGCGCUCGUCUCAAGCGAAGGUGGGAAGGGUGUAAUCGGUCACUGGGACGAGAUGGAAGAGACUGCAGAACUCGAGCCGCGCCCGGAGGAAGGCGAUCCUGAGAAGGUUCAAAGGCGGUCCUCAGCCCUUGGAGACGACUCGGCAUACACGCUUCAAGGUACCGAGCGGAUCCGUGUCGCGGCCGACGUCGCCGCUCGCCUCUCGCCAAAGACCUCGCCUAGUCUUGUUCGGCCGUCCAGUCCUCCUUCGCCGCAGUCGAUCCGGCAUUCGCCUGUCCUGCUACGGCAUCCAGGCGCACCAAAGCCAUCUCCACCGCCCAUCCCUUCGUUCGAGCCGUCGACGGCAUCCCCAGAUCGUCUCGAGCCCGGCUAUCCUUUCCCAGAGUCUGCCGCCGAGCCUUCAGCCACCUCGCCUCGCCGUUCGACUUUGUCUGUCCCGCCGCCUUCGCCCUCUCGCCUCUCCCGCAUCGUCUCCGCGUCGACCACCACCGCGCAACCGCCAACUUCGCCGGCCGGGCCUGGAACUUCGCCUACACGCGCCCGUACAAACCGCUCCGCCUCCCUCGUUCCCUCGAUCCGGUCCUUCUCGCGAUUUCAUGCGCCUGCGGGUGCUGCCAUCGCCGAAGCGACCGAGCCGUCCGUCUCGCAGGCCGAGGCUCUUCGAAGCGAGCUACUCGAGGAGGAGCGUCGGAGCCACCUCGUGCAUGCGAAGCGAGAAGAGCAUCGCAAGGCGCAGGAGCGGAAAGACCGUGAGGCAGAUGCGAACGCGACGGCCAAGGACGGAUGGUUCCGCAAAUUGCUCGUCCGCCGCGACGAAGGCGCAGUAGAUGACGACACGUAG